GGAAUAAAAAGCGCUUUAAAGAAAGAGCAGAAAUAUUAGCCAUUCCAAGUCCUCCUGAUGCAGCCCAGUCAAUGGAAUAUGACACAGUGAAUUCUACCAGGGAAAGUAAAAGCAACAGCAGCGAUGACGACCUCAUUAUCAUAGAUGAUGGAGCUAAUGAAGGAUCCAGAGGCAGUAUUUUUCAUCACAGCCCCAAGCAGGAAAAAAUAGAAACAAUGGACUUCCUGAAUCUCAGUUGUGCCAAUAACAUAAUUGAAGAGAAUGGUUCAAACAAUACUGGCCCAAUUCAUCAUGGUACUGCAGAAAAGUUACUUAUUUCAGAAGGAACACAGACCAAUGAACUUGCUGUUAUAAAGAAAAUUGAAAUAGGUUCCAGUGGCACCAGGGAGCCCACAAACUCCCAUUCUAACUUGAAAUCUCAAGAAGAUGUUUUAACACACAAAGCUAAUGAGAUUGAUCCAAAUACAACAAAGAAUUAUACUGCAGCCACCGUACACUUUCUGGAGAAACAACUGGAUCAAGCAAGGAACUUGCUGGAUGAAAGAACCACGGAAAGAGAUUGUUUUAGAAAGGAAAGUGAGGAACAGGCCAUCAUAAUAGAGCAAAUAACAAAACAGCUGUUGGAGUACCAAGAAAAUGAAAGACAACAAGUCCAAGCUACACUGAGAGCAAGUCUAAUGGAAACUAUAAAUAUUGUUGGACCUGAAGGCUGGAGCCUUGAGGAAAUUAAGGCAUAUUAUAAAAAAAUAGUGCAUGAACGUGAUGACUUGGCCCAGCAGUUAGAAGAUGCAGUAAAGAAGGUGGAAAACUGUUCAUCAGAAAGUAAACAGUUGAAAGAACAACUUGGAAAAGUAGAACAAGAAAGAGACCAGUUCAAAUUGGAGUAUGAAAAAAUGAAACAGGAUUUGAAAGCCAGCACAAAUAGAGGGGAUGAUUUUUAUUGGACCAAAAAGUCAGCUGCUGCGUACAGAUACUCGGAGCUGGAGCUAAUGCGAUCAGAGGUUGAAAAAUUAAAGGGACAGAAGGUAGAACUGGAGGAGAAAUUGGAAGAGGCUCUGAGGUGUAAUGCAUUAUGCAAAGAAGCAUGGGAUCCUUCCACUAGCCAGGAAGUUGCCCAAGCCAACAGUGUACUGACAAAGUUGAAGUCAUUGCGGGUAAAAGUCGGACACCUGUUGGGUUCUGUUCUGCCACACUUGGACUUAAAGGACAUCAGUUACGAAACAGAUAUAAUCGAUGAAAUUCUAGAAAAGGUGAUUGAAGCCAAUAAACUCUGAGCCAAAUCUUCCAUCUUAUAACGUGCUUUGGAAAAGACAACCAACCUUUGUUCAUUUUAGCAACUCUUGUUAUUUUAAAAAGAGCAUAUCCCCGAAAGAGAGAACGAGAGUUAGCGAUGUACAGGAAGCAUUUGCACACCUCACAACUUCUACUGCUGAAAGUAUCAAAACUUGUUUUGAUAACAUGCAUCCGAUCAAAUGUGUCCACUUGUAAUGAAAUUUAUCAGAUCUGCUGAAAAAUUACACAAACGGCUAGUCUCUGUUUCUUUUUAGCCUCUUUUUAUUUGUAAGUACUCCAACACAAAGGCAGUAAUGUAUAGUUCUGAUUAGAUAAGCUUAAUCUAUUGAUAUUGGAAGUGUGAAACCAAGGAUACAGCACAACCUUAAGCUAAGUUAAUGUAUUAUACUUGCAGAAUCAAUUGUCUGAUGCAUUCAGAAUGUCACAAUGACAGCUUUUUAAAAUUAAUUAUGGAGUCAUUGGCAAUGUCAGCAUUUAUUGCUCAUCCAUACAUACUUUUGAGAACGUGGUGGUGAGACACCUUUUUGAACCACUGUGUGAUGGUGCUCCAAGAACGCUGUUAGGUAGUUCCAGGAUAUUGACCCUUGGGAAUGAAGGAUAUCAUGUAUCCCUAUGUGUCUGCUGCCCUUAUCAUUUUGCCUGGCAUAGAUCACAUAAUUAGAAGGUGCUGAUGAAGAAGAACUGACCAGGUGUUGCAGUGAAACUUAUGGAUGGUACACUGCAGCCAUGUUGCACUAGUGAUGAAGGGAAUGAAUGUUGAAGACAGUGGAGGGACUAUCAAUCAAUCAGGUUGGUGUGGUUUGAAUGUUAUUGGAGUCGCAUUCAUCCUGAAAAGUGGAAAGUAUUCGAUCACACCUGUAACAUGUCGAUGCUAGACGGGCUUUGGGGAGUUAGAAGUUAGGCGAGUCAUUCACCACAGAUUUUCCAAUCUCUGAACUCGUCUUAUAGCCUCAGUAUUUAUAAGCUGAUCCAGUUAAAUUUCAGGAUGGUGAUCCCUUCUCCCCAGGAUGUUGAUUGUGUGGGAUUCAGCGAUAGUGAAGCUGCUGGAUAUUAUAGGGAGAUAUUUCAGUUCUCUCUAGUAGAAGCUAGUCAUUGGCUGAGACUUGUGUGACAGUGUUACUUGCCAUUUAUCAUCCCAAGUCUGAAUGUUUUCUGAAACUAUUGAGAAUAACAAAUUAAGAAGGUAAGAAAGUAUAAUUUUAGUUUUUCUGACUGUGCUGUAUUAUUUAAUCUCUAAUGAUCAGAGAAGAAAAUCGACAAAGACCUUUUCUUAUUCUUUCAGUAGCAAGUAGAUCAGGGGAACACCUGAUUUGUGCUAUUGCAGUGGAGUUGUACAAACUUUAUAAAUGUAUGUAAAUAUAUGUCAGAUUCUCCAAAGGGUUAGUGAAAGAGAAACAGGAUAGCAAGAUUCAAUCCUCCAAAUGUUGCCCACUUCUAUCUCUGACUGAGAUUUAUCCAUUUUGCCAAGGCUAAUAACAUGAAAUGCACCUUAACCAUAAUAAAUAGGUCAAUAUCCUGUUUGUGGCCGAGACUUUUAACUUGAGUGGUGAAAAAUUUAGAGUUUGAACUACUUGGAAUUACCUGGUUGUACUUAAAGACAUGUUAGUUGAUGCAAGUCACCUUUAUAUAGUGAGAAAAAUAGAUUUGUAAUGUUACUUGAACUCAAAACAUUCAGUCAGGUUCCUGGGUUAUAGCUCCCUUGCGAUGAUUACUGAUCAACAGUGAGAAUAAGUACCCUGGAGGUUUCCACCAUAUUCAUUGCAACUUUGACAGAGAACUGUCUAAGUAUUGAAAGACAUUAAUUUCCAUUAUGUCAUUCAAGCUGCCAAAAUCAAGCGUAACUUACCUCCCAGGGUGGUUUGGUCUCUUAUAUUAGCAUGUUCAUUUUUACUUUGAUUAUUAUGAAACUAAAUUAAUUUCUGAUCUGCAAAAUAUGAUUGUCAACCUAAUGAACAUACUCAAAUGCUUUGGUUUUAAUGGGACAUGGUGUGUGACAUUGGGCCUGGAAUUCUAGUGAUGAAAGUGUGGCAGAGUAGAACCCUUUGCCAUCAAUGAAAUCAGUGAAGUACAAUAGACUCUUUCACAAAAUAUGGAUAUGGGAAUAUUAGUAUCCUCAAGAUUGGCUAUUAACCCUGUAAGGGCACGUAAGUAGCAACCAACCAACAGAGAUCAGGAAAGAUAGGGUCAGGAUCCUAGAAUCAGUUCUUUGAUGUAUGUCCUUUAUUGCCUAAAAAAUGUCAUCUUUGCUAUUUAGCUCUAGCCAUCUCCUGAUUGACACAAAAAUGAAAUACAAAUUUGCAUUAUUUUUGGUAAAUUCAAAUGCAGUUGCUUGGUAAUAACUGGUUCUAACUGUUAAAUUAUUCUACCUUAAGAGUGUAGGUUUGGAAAGCAUACGUUGUUGCUUAACCUUUGGGAUUUACAUUCUAAUAAAUAAGACUAAGCAGAUCGGAGGUUCUAUUUGACCACUUUGAAAGUUCUAAAUUAAUACAUUGAAGGUAGCUUUAGUCCAUUUUCUUAUGGGUUCAGGUUCACUUGCAAAGAUAUUCAUAGUUUGAAUCAAAAAUGGCAGUCUUAUUUGAAGCAAUAAGGAUGGCUGCUCAGGGAAAUUAACACCUCUCACUGAUACAGUGGUUAUUAACCCUACAUUUGUAUGGUACCUAUUGAUUUCUAACAGAGGUUGAAAUAUUCAGCAAUUAUACAAGACCUUGCGGUAGGAAAUUACAAAGAGAGCUUUAAUCUGCAUACACACAAGCUAAAUUUAACCUGUUGUAAUCUAAUGGCAACACCAGACAUAAAAACAGGCUUUCACAGCAUUAUUGAUACAUCAUCUCUCACCAAAACUAUUGUAAAAGCUAUCCCUUAUUAUUAAAUAUUGCAUCCUCAGACUGUGAUGAGUGAGGAUGGGGAUAAGAUUGAUGGAUGGUAGCAGCCUGUCAAAUAUUUGUGAAAUUUCUUGAUUUUUUCAAUGGUAAGAAAAUAAUCUGGACUGAUGUUGUAUUUGGCAAAAGGAAGUGGUAUGUAUAAACUUACUAUUCUAUAUGCAUUGAUUUCGGGCAGUGUGUAUUCAGUUGGAUCUAUAGAACAAAACUGCUCUUCUGUCAAGUUAUUAAGAGAAAGAAUGAAUUCAGUUCUGAUUGAUCAAGUUCUCCACACGUCCACCAGAGGUUUACAACUAAUUUAAUCAUUUUAUAUAGUUUACUGUUAUUAGCUGGAUAAACUGAGCAGCCAAUUUGUGCACAGUGAAGUUCUACAGAUCGUAAAUGAGAUAAUGACCAGUUCAUCUUUGCUUGGCUGUGUUUUGUUGUGUUAACUGAGGGACAAACAUUAGGCAAGAGGCAAGCAGAACUGAGUGCUCUUACCUGAAUAAUUUUGUGGAAUCUUUCAUGUUCCUCUGAACAUGAUGGUGUUCUUAAUUUAAUGUAUGAUCGAAAGUACAGCACUACUUCAGUUCUCACUCCAUCUAGAUUAUACACCUGGAGUACAUAAGGUUUCAACACAGAAUCUAUGAAUAGGGUUGGUAGUGCCAUCACUAUUCAAUUAACACCCCAGAGAUUGUGAAUUCAAAUAACACCUCAUCAAGUUGUGAAAUGGAUUUCAGUAAAAUAAAUGACCAUAAAAGUUUUUUUUUUCAACUUUAAAACUUGAGUUCAUUCACCAAUAUGUUUCAGAGAAAGGAACAUUACACCCAGACCAUGCCAAACAUAUCUCCUCUGAUGAAAUAACUCUAGUCCUACACUACAUACUGUAUUUUUAAAAUUGACCCAUCCCCAUAGUAUUCAGACCCCUUACGCUACUCUUCCAAAUUCACAAAGUCCCUCAUGCUUCCUUUAUCAAUUUUGUGCCUCCUUCAUCUCCCACCCUUUUCACCUUCACCAACCAUACCAACUCACUUCAUAUCUUUGCACAAGUACCCAUGCACACAAGAGAAAAUAUAAGGUUCUAUUUCCUAAUGUUCUAUAUUAUGGACUACAGUCUAUUAAGAAAAGCACUCUCAUUCAUGAAAGCAAAUUUUGACAGGUUUUGACAGUUCUUGUCAAAUUGGACAGUUCCUUUUACACACAAUCUUCUCCACAAUUUUAAUAAUUCCAAAGAGAUGUAGUUAUGCUCCAUGUGAAUUGGGAUUCCAGCUCCUCAAAAUGAAAAUGUUCCAGCUCCCAGUACUAAAAUGCCUCACUUUAAUGUGAUAUAAAUCAUAAAUAAAACUCCCAGGCUGAUUCAGUUCAAUGCAGAUUGAUCCUAAUUUAUGGCAGUUGUAUUAUUGUGACUUUACAAAUGUAGAAUCAUAGAAUCCCUAGAGUGUGGAAACAGGCCCUUCGGCCCAACAAGUCCACACCAAACCUCAGACCAUGCAGACUCAUCCCCCUAUAACCCACCUAAUCUAGGGCAAUUUAGCAUGGCCAAUUCACCUAACCUGCACAUCUUUGGACUGUGGGAUAAACCGGAGCACCAGGAGAAAACCCAGGCAGACAUGGGGAGAAUGUGCAAACUCCACACAGCCAGUCGCCCAAGGCUGGAAAUGUACCUUGCAUAUUUCCCAGUUAUUUUAUUUUGAUAUAAUUAAGCCUAAUUUGUGGUUCAAAUGUUGCUUCAAAUUACAAUUUAGAAUUUUAUUUCAUUUUUGGAACAUUAAAUAAACAGGAUUUGUGUUGCGACCCCAGAUAGAACCACACGAAGCUAGUAAAAUUUGAGUAAUAAGUCAUAGAAUAAGUUAUACACUAAUGCUAGUGUGUCCUUAAACUGUAACCUAAAAUAAUUUUCUGCCUUUUUCCAAUCAAUUUUGCUCUGAAUUGUAACAAGAAAACUAAAAUAAAUUAAUACAGUUUUGUUUUUGUUAGCAAAGGUAGUUUGGAUUUUGUUUAACUAGUUUUCAUGAAGGAAAGUAUCCUAUUUGUUUUAUGUUAGGUAAGAAAUGAAAUUGAAUUGGUAGGUGUGGAUUUUCAUAUUUCUUUUCAAUACAAUUAUUGCCAGUCUUUUCUGUAGGGACUUUGAUUUGUUUCAGAUUCAAUCAUUGUCUCAUUAUCAUUACACAUUGGUUUUAUAUCCAGAAAACAAAAUCUCCCCACCCUGUGUACAGUAGUACAUCCUGUAUUAAUUAACUUAUAAAAACCCUAACAAAAGUAUUAGCUGGAAUUAGUGUAUCUUGCUGAAUGAGAUAAAUGAAACUGAUUUAUAGAAGUAUCAAAGUUCAACUAUUGGCCUGUUUUCCACAAGUGUGUUCAUUGGAGACUGGUAAAAAGAAAUACCUUCAUAAGGUUUAGAGACUAUAAGGACUGCAGAUGCUGGAAGCCAGAGUCUGUAGGUGUGUGGCUAGAAAAACACAGCAGGUCAGACAGCAUCAGAGGAGCAGGAAAGUCAACUUUUCGGGCCAAAACCCUUCCCAAAAUGUUGACUUUCCUGCUGCUCUGAUGCUGUUUGACCUGCUGUGCUUUUGCAGCCUCACUCCUCUAUAGACUAUUGUUCAUAAGGAAUAUUUUCCAAGGAAAGGACAUGCAAUCUAUCUAGGAUCGUUCCAGAAGGUUUUCUAAUUUUUUUUUUCUUUAUUUGUUAAUGGAAUGACAACGUAGCUGGCUAGCAUUUAUUGUCCAUCCCUAAUUGCCCAGAGGACAGUUCAGAGUCAACCACGUUAUUGUGGGUCUGGAGCCACAUGUAGGUCAGACCAGGUAAGGAUGGCAGUUUCCUUCCCUAAAGGACAUUAGUGAACCUCUUUACUGAAAGUUUCAGUCACACCUUAGGAGUACUCUGAACAAAUGAAAUGGGAACUCUCUCAAUAUUCCCCUAGUUCCUGGAUUAGAAGGCCCCGAAAACUGUUUGCAAGCAAAUCAGUGAAACUCAAUCUGAUUGCUAAUGUUAAAGAGAAGCAUUGCAAUGUUUCAGACUGAAAGGACAUGAAGGUGGAUCUACCUUCACUGCUCCAGGUCUUGGGAAAGGGGACAGAAUUGAGCAAGUAGGGCUACUACUGUAUUUUCCUUCCAAAAUGAUUUUCCCACUAUCAGUAUCUUCUAAAUUCAGUUCUUUAACAAGGUCAGUUCAUGAUAAGUAAUAAAUCAAUUAAUGGCAGUGGCAACUAAUGUAAUCAGAUUGCAAGUUCUUCAUUAUUAGAAGGCAAGACAAACAGCAAUGGCUACUGAUGAAUAAAAGCAUGUCUGAAAACCUUUGAGAUAUCGUUCAUUUUGAAACCAGCUUUAUAUUUAUUUUGGUGAACAACACUGGACUGAGCAUCAUCUCCAGUCUUCCUCAUUAAUAAGUCUUUCAGAAUUAAUUCCACUGAAAUUGUAGACUGGGAUUGGUAUUUAAAGCAGGGUUGUAGCAAUCAGUAUAACCAGCAAAUCACUUUUAUUUUGACUUUGGAAUCUUGUCCCAGCAAUCCAAUUUCAUAUCACCUACAACAGAUUUGAACUCAUUUUUCAAAAGCAGGAAUCUGAUGUGGUAAAUAGAAAAAAAUCGUAGUAGACAGUGACUUUCCAAUAUUGGAGGAGUAGAAGGAGCUUUACUGUGCAGCUAUUGUGCUGUCGGUGUCCAAGAGUAUGAGACAAAACAAUUAAUGGAUAUCUGAAAUAGAAAGGGUUCUGUUUCUCUGUACUAACACACUUCAUUUCGAAAAUGACAAAAGAGGAACUUGGAGUAGAGAACUGGAAAACAGCAUGUCAACUUGUUUUGUUUUAAUUGUACAGCUGGUAGUGAAACAAAAAUAAGCUGUUUGUGGCAUUAAACUUACCACUGUUUCAUAUUUAUUAAUUGAUUAUUAACUUUUUGCAACCUUUUCCAAACCAAAUUCUUUUUUCUUAACUGAUAAUUUAUGAUUUCUUUUUGUUAUGAUACAUUAUAUCAUCGAAAGUUAUACUAGUUUCAAAUAUCUUGGAUUUUUAAUUUUUAUUUUAAGUUCUGAGUUCAUUAUUUUAUGUUCACCUCUACACUUAGUGUUGCAAUGUGUUUGUUUUGGGGAAAAAUGGUUAUUCCCAAAGUAGAAAAAUAUAUGAGCUAUCAUCUAAAUUUAAUUCACCAAAUUUUAUAUCAUUAUUUAGUCUAUAUAAAUAUAUAUUUAAAGGUUAUGCAGUAGCAACAGGAACAAGAUGUUCAGUAGGUAUAGAAUAAAUGUUAUACAAGGAGCCUACUUCCUGUACUGGGUAUGAAUGGUGCUGAUAUUACUUCCACCAUGCACUGUGCCACUUCCAUCAUCUCAACCCUAAAUCAUUAUACCCUCAUGGGUUCUGCCUUGCCUGGGGUCUGUGUAUUGGGUUUUUUUUUUGCACUGCAUUAUCUUUAUCCAAUUUAAGAGUAACUAUUUGUCUUACUGUCAGUAAUACUGUAAGCACUUCAUUUACAUUCUUAUAUUACAGAUUACAGUUCUUCUAUUCCUCUUUUCAAAGAGUCUCAAUAGUAUAUAGUUGUCAGAGUUACACCAUUCUGUACAUAAUCAUUAUAACCAGAUUAGUUCCCCAGUAUUCUAAAAAUAUCUUCAUAUUCUGUUUUAAAUGUUAAGUUUCUUUUUGUUCUGAAUCUGUUUUAUAGGUAUUUCUGCAAUCAGCAGAGGUAUAAAAGGUUCUAUAAAAGGUUAGAAGUUCUACUUAUAUUUAAGAGGCAAAGCUCUUUCCUAUCUACCUCAGCCAGUGAGAAGCUGCAAAGUUUUUAGUGAUCCUUGAUGCCAAUGACAAUAUUAAAGAGAUCUGUUUGUUUGGAUAGUGGAAGAAGGAGAGUUGGAGAAUUUGUAUUUUAGACCUGAAUAAUAGAGUCUACCCUCUCAGCCCACCAAAGAACUGACAAAACUUAAAUUAAUGAGUAGAGGGAGCAAUUAAGUUUCUGAACUAGUAGCCUUGAGGCCCAGGCUAAUAAUGCAGAGAAUGUAAGUUCAAGCUUAACGUUGUUAACCAGUCCACCAUACUUGUGAUUAUAAUCCCACGUCAAUGUGAUUGACUUUUUGCCACAUCCUGAAUGCAGAAUUUUAAAGAGAAAGGCAGCCUAUGCAUUGACGAUAACUGUCUGCCUAAUUAAUGAUGUCCACAUCUAAGGAAACAAAUUUUAAAAAGUAGAUGGGUUAUGUAAAAUUUAAAGACUGCUGGCUAUCAAUUGCUCCAGUAAUGUUGUGGACCUAUAGUUUGUUAAAUCCAAAAAGAUCACCUUACUCCCAAAAGCAGCCAGUCAAGGACACUACUUCAAAGCAGCAAAGUAUGGACCUAAUGAUCAAUAGCAAAAUGUUGUUAAUCGACCAUAACAUGUAGAAAUUAAAAAUAUCAAGACACUGCAAUCUAAUGUAUUAUGUGCCAUAGAAUAGUAGAUAUCCAAACCUCAAUGUAGGGAAAUGUUGGUUUUCUAAAUUUCUCCAUACAUCCUCUGUGCAGCCAUAUAUGAUCUCUUUCCAUAAACAGUUAUAGAUUUCAAGCAUGAGAUGCCAAGAAAAUUAAUUAAAGGGUUUAUUUGCAUUAUUUUUUAGGCCCAUCAAUAUACUGAGACAAUUCUGUAGCAAAAAUGUAAGAUAUUGAUAUUUUUCUAUCCAUAUAUAUUUUACUACACUUGGCAUUUGUCAUGCCAUAUUGAAGAUGGUCAAAUGAAAAAGUAUUCAAAUAAAUGAUUUUAUAACCAUUAACAAAUGUUAAAAUUCAAAUCAUUAAUGAGCAAUAAAAAAAAGAGGAACCAAUUGUUAGUUUAUUCCAUCUUACAAACUCAGAUGAAAAUCGUUUGCUCAUCUAAAUUUUGUUAAAAUUGAGGAGGGAGGAUUAACGUCAUUAUUAAAUGCAUUUAUUUGUAUUUCUGUGUGGUAGUACUUAAGAUCUGUGAAUCUAAUCAAUGCAAAACAAGGUGUGAUGACGAGACAGCAAAUGAUCCCAUAUUACACCAUGCUACUUGCAAAUUUUCUCACUUUUUAAAAAAAAUUGGAAUGUCAAAUUGUGGGCUCUCAUUAGAUGGAGAAAACUUGUUAGGAAAAAGCUGCAUAUACCUGCCCUCUACAGUAGAUGAAGUCUCCCCACCCGACUCAGUAUUCUUAGAUAUAUAUUCAUGGAGAGGUGUUAGCCUAGUGGUAUUAUUGCUGGAUUGUUUAUCCAGACACUCAGGCAAUGUUCUGAGGAUCCAGGUUUGAAUCUCGCCAUGGCAGAUGGUGCAACUUGAAAAUCUGGAAUUAAAAGUCUAAUGAUGAACAUGGAACCAUUGUCAACUGUUGGAAAAAGCCAUGUAGAUCAUUGGAAGGGAUGGAAACUGCAAUCUUUACUUCGCCUGGCUUACAAGUUGACCUUUAACUCACCUCCCAUGUAAGAAUAAUAAAAAAAAAUGUCCAGCUCUAAAAUCUAGCAGAAAUUACAAAGCCUCAAUGAUGUAACAAAUUCAGUCAAAAUCUAAAGACUAUCAUGACAUUUAAUUUCUGAUUCUGUUUGAUUCACAUUUAGAAGUUUCAGGUCUGUUCAAAACUGUCAGCUAUCCAAGCAGCCUUGCAUAUUUGGGUCACAUCAAUCUUUCUUAUCAACAGAAACACAAUCUAUAUUCAGUUCUUUCCUCUUAAAUAUUUAAACAUAUGAAAAGAAAUGAAUGAAAUAAAAUGCUUAUUAAGUAGCUGUUAAAUUAAUAUUUAUUGAUAUUUACAGAGGGCUUUAUCGGGUUCUGCAUUGUUUAGAAAGCAGUCUGUUUCUAUACAAAAUGUUUGUUGCAGGAUUAUCUUGUAUUGAGAGUACAUACCGGAGGCUGGAGAAUAUCUGUGGUGUAAUUGGUCAAUGUUUUACAUCCAUGUUUGUUACUCAAUGAACUAAAGGAGCAGCUCUUUAAACGGACACUGUACUGGUACAAACAUUUUUGAAAAGUUAUUCCUCCCAGUCAGCACAAAAACUCAGAUAUAUGGUAAAAAUCCUGAUUCUCUUGUGCUAGAUCACAUAGACCACCUGUUUGUUUUCAACUGGUGGCAUUGUUUGUACUGUCUCCAACACUAGAAACUGCUGUGAUUUCAAUUUCCUUUUUUUUACUCUUCAAUUGUACGGUAACAUGUUUAAUAAUACACCUCACAGUCAAAAAUUAUUCUAGCAAAUAUUUUUUUUUUUCAUUUUAAAUAUGUAUUACAAAUAAAGAGGAAUUAA